AUGAGCUUACAAGAGUUCUUCACUGAUGAAUCAUUCGGAGGGUCCUGGGCAGAUGACGAUAUUGAUAUUGCAUCGAUAUCAGUCCCAAUCGAAAAGCAUAAGCAUUACUCGGGAUACGGAGACAGUUUUGGUAGCGGUGGUGGGGACCGUCACUAUGGAGGGGGACCCUCAGGCGGUGGAUAUGCACAUGGAGACGAUGGCCCCCCAUAUAUCAUCAAAUUGGUCAACCUUCCGAUAUCUGGAGAUGAUUCGUUCGUGGAGGAUCUUUUCCGUAGUAGAUAUACUCAAUAUGUCAAAUUCAAGAUCGUGGUGGACCCAGUGUCCAAUAUUCUCGAGACCAAGAUAAUCAAAAAGGUAGCGUUUGUUGAGUUGCAUUCUUUCCUGGACUUGCAAAAAACUCUCAAAUGGACAGACUUAUAUUACAAGGAUAGACGGAAGGUGGUUGUCGAAAAGGCAGAUUUCAGAGACUUCCAGCAUUGCAUCCAAUUCAACCAGCAACAUGAACAGGACAUAAGGGAAAUUACUGAGGAUUUUAUGAACCAAAAGAAUCAGCCAUAUAACCAUAACCAUACCAAUAAUGGCUACGGAUCACCUGAGAGGUUGCACAGUAACGUGAGAGUACUUCAAAAAGGAGGUCCAUUGAACCCCUAUGCUCAAAUCCACUCUCAACCUCCCUUGGGCCAUGCACAUCACCCUCACUUAUCAGCACUGGAGUUACCACCACUUCAGCCUCCUAAACCAGCUGACCCACCCAAGAAGUUUAAUCCAUUUGGAGCUGCUAGACCGGUAGAUGUAGUUGCCAAACAACAUGAAAUUGAGAAAAAGCUUAUAAUGGUGAACCACACUACGAUAAAAACCAUAGGGGAAGAGACUGCUACCGAGCCACACCAUCAGAAACGUUCAUCUGUAGUCAAGAAAAGCAGUGUACCAGAAGCCGUUGUUCCUGUGGCACCUGUACCAAAAACUAGUGUAGAUUUAGCUGCACCACCUCCACCAGUUUCCGAUAAGCCCAAAUAUUCACCAGCUCCUGUUCCAACGUCAGCAUAUGGUGCUGAUGGAAAAAGUGGUUUUAGUCUUGCUGAGAUGUUGAGCUCGAAACACACAGACAAUAAAAGUGGAAGAUCUUCUCCAGCAAAGAACACAACACCAAAGUUGGUUCCAUCCAAGCCGAUUAUAUUAAAGAAAAAGAUUGUUGCAGCUGUUCCUACUCCAGAGAAAGAAACAGAAAUUCUUAAAGAAGAAAUUCAGAUUGAACCUAACUCUGUAAAUGACGUGAUUAUUGUAACAGAUGAUGGCAGUAAUGUUGAAUUGGUCAACUCUGGUGCUGAACAUGCUAACAAGUCCCAAGUAGUGAAGUCUUUUGUUAGGGCAGAAACUAUUGAUAAAUUGACAAACGUUGAACCUACAUCGAAGACCAAGGAGGAACUUGCCUCAAUUCUUCAGAGGAACGAAGCAAAGAAAGACACGAAACAUCAUGGUACAUCUAAGUAUAAGAACCAUGAAUCUUCGGGAAGGCGUCCUUCUGAUUCUUAUCCAAAUUCUUCUCACCAACAUUUUAGUAAUCAACAUUACUACAAUCCACAUCAGAAUCAAAAUCAUAACCAGCAACAACCUGGCCAACCAUUCAAUAGUAGAUCUACUUACAGAAGAGCUUCAGAUGCAGGCUCAGUUAAGUCUGGUGGCGAAAGUGAGGAGGUGAACGACUUAGAAGUGAAUGGCAUUGACGGCUCCAGACCCCAAACAAUAAGAGGUAGAGGUAGGGGAGCGACUAGAGGAAUUAGAGGAGGAAGAGGACGUGGAAGAGGUAGAGGAGGGCUCGGUCAUGAGUAUAGUUCUCGUGAAUUUGUAAAGGAAGAAUCCAAAGAUCCAAUUCAUGAGGUGAUUUUGAAGGAAAACCAAAUUGAUUUGAAGGCGAGUGACAAUGAAGCCAUGGUGCCAAAGAGUGCUGAGAUUAAGGAUGAUCAGAAAAUUCCCAGAGAAAGAACAAAGAAAGAGUUUAAGCCCAAGCAACGGGUACUUAGGGAAGCACGAGAACCCAGAGAACCCAGAGAACCCAGAGCACCCAGGGCAACCAAAGCAUCCAAAGGACCUAAAGAACUCAAAGAGCCAAAGGAAGCAAAGGGGCCAAGGGAACCGAGAGAACCUACGGAAGCAAAGGCGCCACAAGAUUUCAAAGAAUCUAAGGAAUUCAAAGAACUCAAGGAAUCCAAGGUGACAAAAAAGCCCAAAGAAUUCAAAGCAAUCGAAGCUAACGAGGUCUCUGAGUCCAAAAAAAGUGAAUCAACAAAAGAAGAUGAUAAGAGCUUUAGUGAAGGUGACACUUUUUCAAAUAGAGGAGGUAGAGGACGUGGGAGCAUAAGAGGAGGGUUUAGAGGCAGAGGCAGGGCUGCUUCUAGAGGAGGAGUGAAAGGUAGAGGAAGAGGUGGUAGAGGCAGGGGUAGCCCCCUCGAGAAUGGUUCAGAUUCAAAAGCAGUUCCUCCUGCUAACACUAUUUCUGAAUAA